UAAAACUGUUUGAUAAUAGCUAUUCAUUAGAUUUGACAUGAAUGUGUUUGACCAUUAAUAAACUAUUAAAUAUAAAAUUUGAAAAUGUCAAAUGUUUUUGUUAAUUACAUGACAAUUAUUUGUCAUUCAUUUAUUGACCAUCGUUAUUCAGUAUAACGAAUGCAGCGCUUGAGAUAUUUUAAGUUAUCUGCUGAAUACGAAGUUAAUAAUACAAUAUAAUUUUACAGCUAUAUAUAUUGACAUUGUAUAUAUGAAGGUAAAAAUAUAACUGAAAUAAUGGGGAAUACAUUGAAUACUGCAUCUGUAUCAGCGGCUGAUGUAAUUAUGCCAAUACAGCAUAGUAAUAAUGAACAGUUGACUAAGUCUAUAAUAAAUGAAUCAGAAAAACUUCAAAAUGUACCUCCAGUGGAAUGUCCCAUGCAUACAAAAGUAAAUCAACAGCCACCCAAAACAUCUAAGUCGGAAUGUCCAAUAGAUCAUACGAAUGAGAAUGAAAUAAAUCCUCUUAACAUGAUGCCAGCUGAAAAUCAAAAUCCAGCACCAGAUCAACCAUUUCCUUUGCCAACUGAUCGACAAAUUUCAUCUAUACCAAAAGCAACUGGAAAUAAUGAAUUUUGGGUUUAUCCAUCACAACAAAUGUUUUGGAAUGCUAUGUUAAGAAAAGGAUGGCGUUGGAAAAAUGAUGACAUAAAUCCUAAAGAUAUGGACGAUAUUAUUAAAAUUCAUAAUGCUAAUAAUGAGCAAGCAUGGCAAGAAGUUCUUAAAUGGGAAGCGCUUCAUGCACGAGAAUGCAAUUGUCCCAAGUUACGCAGUUUUGGUGGAAAAGCUAAACAUUAUUCACCACGUGCACGCAUUCGAUAUUGGCUAGGAUAUGAAUUGCCAUUUGAUCGUCAUGAUUGGAUCGUUGAUAGAUGUGGUAAAGAUGUACGUUAUGUUAUUGACUAUUAUGAUGGUGGAGCAGUGGAUGAAAAAUAUAAAUUUGCUCUUCUUGAUGUAAGACCCGCCAUGGACUCUUGGCAAAAUAUUUGGGACCGUAUGAAAGUUACUUGGUGGAGAUGGAGAUUUAGUAAUGAGGCACAAGAACAGCCAUCUCCAAUUCAAAUACAUUAAAAUGCCAUUGAAAAUUAGAUAGAUGUUUUAAAUGAAUUAUAUUAUAGAAGUUAAAAAAAGAUUGUAAUGCAUUUCCCAAUUUCAACAAUUGUUAAACAAAAAAUCAGCUAAACCAUAGAAAGUUUACUUUUAUUUUGUUGAUUGUAUGAAAAUUCCUAAACAAAAGCUAUGCUUUUAGAUAACACUUCAAACAUAAUGCGUGAUGAAUAUGUAUGGCGUUCAUAUUAUUAUAAUAUAGUGGAAUUAGUAAUGUUUUUAA